AUGCGGUGUGCAGUUAAAGCAGUUGGAUAUGCAGCAAUCACAACAAGAUUCGCUGCGACGGAUAAGGCAAAUGCCGUGAACGCAGCAGGAGAUAACUCGCCUUCUGCACCAUCUGAUGCAAUCUCACUCGGUGAUGCACCGCUUGCCCUUAAUGAUUACUACCUCGAGUUGAUUUACGCUGGUGAGUCGGACGGCAAAAACGAGUCGAUGAAGGAUUUCAAGAAGACGGAUCUGAAAGCUGCGAUGACAGAGCCGAGCAAGCCGGCCUUGCAAAGCGAUGUGAGCCUCUCCAAGCGCCGUGACGUCUCAGAUCGUCCGAGGAGUCAGUCGAUCAAUUAUGACGUUGAUGCACUUUUGCGUCACAGUCAAGACCACCGUGCUGACAUCGGUGUCGGUAGUUUAUUGGCUCCAGGCAGAAAGCCAGAGACUGCUACGUAUUGCGUGUUGCUAUUAAGAAGAAGACAUAAUCGACUCUUCAUUAAGUGUUUGAACGCUAUUCCGACAAAGUGGGCGAUCGUUAUCAAAUAG